AUUGCAACGCAGAAAUGGAAAGCAGGGUCAAAACCAAAAGGGUCUGCACCAUUGAACCCAAAAACGACAUCGUACCAACACGGAGCUGGGAUGCAAUGAUCCCAGAAAUAUUAUCCUUGAUAUUCACGAAAAUAGUCCCCGUGGAAGAAAUGGUGAGGGCGGUGAGCUUAGUCUGCAGAGGGUGGCUGGAGACGGUGGUGGGGCCGUACUGUUGGAAUGAGAUUGACGUGGAACAUUGGUGUCGCAGCCACUGGAACAGCUGCAACGCCGGCAAUCGCCGUGGUGGGCUCCUUAUUGACUCGGUAGUUAGGAAGCUUGUUCGCCGGAGCAAGUUUACCGCCGGAAAGUUCUGUGCUUAUCGCUUGGGUAAUGCCGGUUUCUCUUACGUCGCCAACUGUGGAAGAUGUCUCAAGGUCCUAAAAAUUCCAGUAAGUGAGAUAACUGAUCAGGUAGUAGAAAAGCAUGCAGAAUUACUAGUGAACUUGACAGAACUGGAUAUCAGCUAUUGUCUGAAGCUCACAAGCAAAAGCCUUGAAGCAUUUGGGAAACACUGCAAAUUCUUGACUCAUUUGAAGAGGAACAUGCCACCACUGGAGCUUGGGGCAGUUGUGGCUUCAGAGACUGAUGAUGAUGAGGCAUUCGCGAUAGCCAACACCAUGGCAGAGCUUGAUCAUCUUGAAUUUGGAUUUGCUCGCAUGACUGAUCAUGGCCUUAGCACGAUACUUACUGCGUGUAAGGCUCUUACAUACCUUGACAUUCAGGGAUGUUGGAAUGUAAGAUUGGAGGGAGCUCUUGAAGAAAGAUGCGAAGAGCUUUUGGUUUUCAAGACUCCCUGGACUGAUAUUGAAAGUGAAAGUGAGGGAUCUGUGGAAAAUGAUAGCAGGGGAGAUGAUCAGAGCUCUGAUGAAUCAUCUUCUUCUGAUUCAGCUUAAAUUACAAACAUUUGGUUCACUUUUU